UCGAGUUAGAAGUUUUGAAGGUCUAAAUUGCCUAUCUUGUGAGGCUCAGCCUUUGCUGAAUAAAGAUGAACAUAAAAUUAUAAAAAUGCCAAAUACUUCAAUAUUUAGAGAAGAAAUUGCACAUCAAAAACAGUGUUGUUUAAAACAUACCAAAAAUAAAACUAUGGCACCUACUCCCCUGCCAAUAAUUCAUUCUACACCACAGUCUAAAUCUUUACCAAAAUUGUCUUGGACUCCCGGCGGUUCUUUAAAAAGAACACAAAAUAGUACACUUGUAAUUUUUCAAGCGCCAACCUUAAAAAAUACUGAAUCUAACUCUUCAAAUCAUUCUGUAAAUCCAUCAAAAAGCAAAGAGAGAACCUCAGAGAAAUCACAACCUGAAGAUUCUGCAGAGACGCCAGCAGGAGAACCUGUUGCAAAGAAAAAACGAAUGAGAUGCAAGGUUUGUGGUAAACGGCUCACAAUAACAACAGCCAUGGUAUGCAGAUGCGGUGGGACAUUUUGUGCACAACACCGCUAUGCAGAGACGCAUAGUUGUACCUAUGACUAUAAAGAAGAAGGUCGCAAACAAAUUGAGCAAGAUAAUCCAGUUGUAACUGCACCUAAGCUUCCUAAAAUAUAACGUAUCAUUAAUUAUAUGUUAUAUUUUGAUGUUUUUUCUUUGUGAUAACAACUGGGCCAUAGAAAAAUAAAUUAUAUAUCUAGUUCGCACAAACAACCAAAACUAAUGAUGAAAAAUGUAUUAACUAAAUUUC